UAAAUGGAAUUAUGGAUCGGAGCUAUAAAAACUGUGGGGCAACCGGCAGAUGUCAGUUAGUUUCGUUUCAAGCGUCACUGAGAUCACAGAAGCAAACAUGAAGUUCGCCGUUGUCGUAGUCCUGUUCGCUUUGGCCUGGGGUGUCAACAGCUCGGUGGUGCCCCUCCUGUCCACCGUCCAUGGAGGAGUGGUGGUCGGAGCCCCUGCCGUCGCCGGUUCGGUGGCCAUCCAGGCAUCGGCUGUUCCCGCUGCCGUUCCCCUGUCCCUUUCCCCGGCUGGACCCCUGCUCAUCCAGUCUGGACCGGCGGUGAUCGCCGCUCCCGCUCCGGCCGUGAUUGCUGCCCAUGCCCCCGCAGUGGUGGCCGUCGCCGCUCCUGAGGCCAGCUAUGUGGCCAAGACCCGUGGAGCCGUCCAUGUGGCUCCUCUGCCCGGACACGUGCAGUCCGCCGCCUCCGUGAACCUGGAACCCGCACCAGGCACCUGGUAAAAGACCACCUGGAAUACCCCAUGGAUUACCCCUACAUCGAUCUUGACCGCCACUUUACUCGCAUCCUUACCACAAUUUUUGGUUUUUUAAGUUCCGCAUGGUCUUUCCACCCUUGAGACACUCUCGGGUUCUCAUUUCUUCAGCAAUCUAAGUCAAUCCUAUCCAGUCUAUCGCUUUCCGCUUUAUUCUCUGGUCUAUAUUUAUCCGCCCCACUGUUGUCAUCUUGAAAUUUGUUUCUUUUUGAAUAAAAAAA